GUUUCAGAAAUAAAAAUGGCUGAUGAUAACAGUGGCAGAAGACUCCAGCAGGCCCAGCAGCAGGUUGGGGAAGUCGUUGACAUCAUGCGGGUCAACGUAGAGAAGGUUUUAGAGAGGGAUUCUAAACUUUCCGAGUUGGACCAGAGAGCGGAUACUCUGCAGGAGGGUGCUAGUCAGUUCCAAACUCAGGCUACUAAACUGAAGAGGAAGUACUGGUGGCAGAACAUCAAGAUGAUGAUCAUCAUCGGGGUCAUCGUAGCGGUCAUCCUGCUCAUCAUCAUCAUCUACGCCUCGACCGGAGGAAGCAGUGCUCCUGAGGUUGUAACUACUACUGAGACUCCAGCUAUAGAUGGAUAGAUAGCUAAUCAGAACUCCAGUUCCUACUAACAAAGGCCUCAUCCUUACUCCGUCGUAGCAUCUACACACCCCUUCUGCUCCUCAUCCUACUCCUUUCCUCGAACCUUGCACAUCUCCUUUUUCUGCCUUCCAUCUCCAUUAGACCCUACUUCAUUAUCUCCCACCAAUUCCCCUGUCACCUUAUCAUCCUGUCUUGUAGUUUACUGGACAUCUUAAACAUCAAUAUUUACAUGAUGUAUAUUGUAUAUUGUAUAUCCAAUAUUAGAUAUCCUGCGUAUAUGAUAUAUUUUAUUUUUAUAGGAUGCAUUGGAAAUGUGUUUUUAUUUAGUAAUUUUGAUAAUAUGCGAAUCCAAAAUUGAUAUAUUGUGAUAACCCGUGAUUUUUUUGUUAUUUCACCAAAAAAAAUUUUUCCAUCUGAA